ACAGUGUCUGUAUUAACAUUAAAGAUAACAUAAAUAAACUCAAUAUUUUUGUGAGCUUCAUCGACUACUAAGAAUCUAUUUUAAAUACCUAAAGAUUAUACACAGUGUUAAAUUUCUUGUGGAAAUUAAACGAAUUUUCAAAUAUGUUUCUAAGUCCAGAUGACAAAACCAAGAUAUAAGAAGGAUUCAUAAACAUGGAGACUACUAGGCUAAUAUUAUUGUUAGCUUUAUUAUUACACUAUAGUCUAGUUAAUAGUGAUGACUUACACAAGCCAGAUAACUUCAACGAGACAGAACUUAUGGAAAAUCACCAGGAGAGGAUGAAGAUGGUGAACGCCUUCUUCAGAGACCUUAAAAUAGUAUUAAACAAAAAUAAAAAACCGUUAAGGAGUAUGAAAGAAACAGAGAGAAAUGACAAAGUAGUGAAAGAUCCAAAAAUACCGAACCUUCGAGCUAGAUUAUUCACGACUAAAUCUAUUCAGACUAAAAGUAAUUUAAAACUUCAUAAAUUUCCAAAUUACGUCAGCAAACCUUUGUUUCCGAUUCCUGUACUAACUGAAAAUGUUUUACGUACUUCUGCCACAUCUGUCUCUACACCUAAAACUACAAUUAAAAUAAAUUCUACAACUAAACCAAGUUCUGUUACAAUAAAGCCUAAACAGGUCGGCCAUGCUUCUACGUUUACAUCUCUUAGUAUUCCAAGAAAUUUCUUUGAUAAAAUAUUUCAAAAAGUGACAUUUUCAACACAUCGAGUGCCUGAACAAUUUACUUUUCGUUCAGUUAUCUCUCCUAGCAAACCAACUUCUAAAACUGUUGCAACUAAAUCAUCUGUUUUGACUACUUCAAAAACUAAGUCCACUCGUCCAUCGACAUUAGCUCCUACUAAAGUAACUUCACCAAAUAUUACUUCUAACAAACUAGCCGUAGUAAAAUUUAAUCAGAUAUAUAAUUUAAAAGAAGAGGUUGAAAGUUUUACCUCAAUAAAAAGUACUUCAUCAUCUAUGAGUACAACUCCAUCCUCUAUGAGUACAACUCCAUCCUCUAUGAGUACAACUAGUAUUGGACGAAAGACGUUCAACAAUAUUGCUACAUUCAUACCGGAACUUUCCUUUUAUCAAAAAUUACAUCUAUUUACACCUAUUUCUAGAAUCAUCUAUGAAGUCACUACAACCUCUUCUCCACCUAAAACAUCUGCUUCUUUAGCUCCUUUAUCAAUACUUGCUAUUUCAUAUCCUACAUCUUCUCCUCUUCAGUCCAAAAUUCCUCCUCUUGCGUCGUGGUCUUACAAAACAACAAAUAAGUUUCAUAGCUUGUGGCAGCAAGAGAUGACUAAUUUCAUGUCUUCUAAUAGAUGGAAGAUAAAAGCAAGUGAUUUUACAACACCGCAACAGAUAACACCACGAUGGUACCAACACUUUGUAAACAAUAAACCAAUAAUACACCACGGAUACAACCUCACACGACGUCCUAGACUGCACAGACAGAGGCACACACACAACAAAAAAAUAAGACAUAAACGUAUCAGAAAAGUAAAGAAGUACUACCCAAUGUACCUAUCCACAAAACAACGUAACUCUACUAUAAAAAAUUUCUACGGCCAUCUCCAUAACGAGUCAAUUGAAUAUUAUGAAUUUAGUACUUUUAAAUCGACAAUAAUUGAUGGUAGACCUGUCUAUCUACCUGUAGAUCCUUUAGAAGGUACAACACCAGUUUCAAUUCUUACUCCAUCGACCAAGCCUCCGAAUCAUCGUUACUACGAGAUGAUGAAGGAACUGGAUGAAGGAUAUAUGAUCGUUUUCUUAAUAGAACUUUGUAGAAUAAUUUCUACAAAAGAUCAGAAACAUGUUCAAAAUGUCAUUAUACAUACGGAAACUAUAAUCAAUGAGCUACAGGGAAAUGGUCGGUUGGUCUGGUUAGACAGCCCGUUAUUAGAUGUCACUAUAAAACUAUCAAGACUUAUAUCCGAAGCACCAAUCGAUCUAGUAAGAACUUACGCAGCCAUGAUGUACCACAUGCUACGUGUGAGGAAGACAGAACUCUCCGUCGAAGUGAAUUCAAUCAUAGAUUAUGCAGAACUUAUGUACGAGGAUAAAGAGGGAGACUACCUGUUCAAUUCUCUGAGAGAAUUCGAGGCAUUUCCUGAAAUAUCGAAAUCUGGUUACUUAGUUUGCUCCACUCUGAUUGAAAACUUCUUAAGUCCAUUUCGUCGCCUCCACGGCACGAAACGACGACAAAUAUUAUUAGACUCUAUCAAUAAAGCAAUAAAGGAUAGAUUUCCACAAAUCUCAGUGAAAACUGUCAAAGAGAAGGAUUUAAAGCACGGAAUAAAAGCAAAAGAGACGCAGCAUUGGCCGAAAUUCCGAACGAUCUUAACGUCCGACGAAUCAUGUAUAUCAACUUCAGACUCGGAUAGCGAAAUUAGGAGAAAACUUCGAUUAAAACGUAAACAGCGAAGAAUUCGAGAACACAAUUUAAGAAAAGAGGCAAGAAAUCGAAAUAGACACAAGUUAAAUAGACGACAAAUGAAGAAUAACAAUAAUGAAUACUUAAAGUUUAGAAGUAUUACAAAAACACAGAGACGUUACAAAAUAGUAUCUUCGAAAAAUCACUUGAAACCAACCCGUGAGAGAACUACAAAAUAUUACACAUUGAAUCUACAUCGCAGACCAACUAAAGAUCAAUCUGUAACAAUCACACCUCUGUAUGUAAAUACACCAUUCCCUUACUUCCACGAACAAAAAGACUAUUUUGAUACAGAAGAAAACGAAGUCCAUCAAAGAACUGACGAAAAACGACAACAGCGCCACCCUAAGCAAACUAUUGAUUUUAAAAAAUUACAAGAUUAUUACUACCCUUUCGACGAGUAUUUUAGACAGUCGGAGCCUAAGCCUGUAAAAGUUGUUAGUAAAAUUACAAAUACAUGUUUAAAGAGAAUCGUAGAGGCUUCGAGUUAUAGUGACGAAGAAGAUUCUUUGAAAAAGAAUUUGAUCGAAGCUCUAUUUUGUAAUGCCUCGUCUACUACUGAAGCUACGAAUUCAUAA